AUGGUGUUACUAUCCAAACCAACUUCAGAACAAUACACCUACGUUAGGAACAACAUGCCAAUCACAUUUUCUUCACCAAUCCCUCUCGUAGACCUAUCAAAACCAGAUGCAAAAAGCCUCAUAGUAAAAGCUUGUGAGGAUUUCGGAUUCUUCAAAGUCAUUAACCAUGGCAUCCCUUUGGAACCUAUGUCCCAAUUGGAAUCCGAGGCCUUCAAAUUCUUCUCUCUCCCUCAAACAGAGAAAGAAAAAGCAGGGCCUGCAAAGCCUUUUGGCUAUGGCAGCAAACGUAUUGGUCUCAAUGGUGAUGUUGGUUGGAUUGAAUAUCUUCUCCUCACUCCCAAUCAAGAACACAAUUUCUCUCUUUAUGGCAAAGACAUAGACAAAUUUAGGUGUUUGUUGAACGACUAUAAGUGUGCAAUGAGGAAUAUGGCAUGUGAGAUACUUGAUUUGAUGGCAGAAGGGUUGAAGAUACAACCAAAGAAUGUGUUUAGCAAGCUUGUGAUGGAUAAACAGAGUGACUCUCUUUUUAGGGUUAAUCAUUACCCUGCCUGCCCUGAAUUAGUUAUAGAUGGUGAGAAUUUGAUUGGCUUUGGAGAACACACUGAUCCUCAAAUUAUUUCAAUUUUGAGGUCAAACAAUACUUCAGGUUUUCAAAUUUCUCUUAGAGAUGGUAGCUGGAUUUCAGUUCCUCCUGAUCAUAGCUCCUUCUUUAUCAAUGUUGGUGAUUCUCUUCAGGUUAUGACUAAUGGGAGGUUCAAAAGUGUGAGACAUAGAGUUUUGGCAAAUGGGAUAGACCCAAGGCUGUCUAUGAUUUACUUCUGUGGACCACCUUUGAGUGAGAAAAUAGCACCAUUACCUUCACUCAUGAAAGGAAAAGAAAGUUUGUAUAAAGAAUUUACAUGGUUUGAGUACAAGAAUUCAACUUAUGGUUCAAGGUUGGCUGAUAAUAGGCUUGGAAAUUAUGAAAGGAUUGCUGCCUCUUAA